CGGUACCGCUGCCGAGGAGCCGGGCGGCGCGGACGGUUCGGGACGGGACGGACGUCGGGGCCCCGCCCGCUCCCGGUCAUGUCCCAGCAGCGUGUACCCAAGAUGCUGAUGUGAUGCCUGUUGCUGCUGGCUGGAACAGGAGCCGUGCUCAUCAGCAGGGCUAUGGGGAAACUGCAGAGCAAAUUCAGCAUCCACACCACUAAAUACAGGGCCAAUGGCUCCGUGGGAGAGGUGGGACCAGCUCAAGCCGCUCUGCAGCACAGCCCCGCACACAGCGAUGCUGUCACCGCCGUGGCUGCUCUCGAACCAGACCUGUGCGUGUCCGGAGCAAGGGACAAGAGCGUGGCUCUCUGCAGCUGGAGGGCCGGGGCUGUGCUGCAGCGGUUCACAGGCCACCAGCAGGAGGUCACCAAGGUCACCUCAGCCCCUGCCUCCAGCAGAGUCUUCAGCGCAUCCCGGGACAAGACAGCGCUGAUGUGGGAGCUCCAGGGGACCCCAGGACCCAGCCAGCGCUUCGCAGCACACGAGCUGGUUGUGACGGGCCUGGCUGCGAGCCCGGAUGGCUCCCAGCUGUGCACGGGCUCACGGGACAACACCGUGUGCAAGUGGGACACGGAGACCGGGCGCUGUCUGCGCAGAGCCCUCACCCGCAGGAACCUGGUCACACAUCUGUGCUGGGUGCCUGGGGAGCCUUACAUCAUCCAGACCUCAGAGGAUAGAACAGUCAGGCUGUGGGACCUGCGGCCGCUGGAGGUGGCUCACAGCUUCCCCGCCAAGCGGCACAUCCAGACCUGCUGCGACGUGAGCCCCGACGGCCGGCUCUGCCUGAGCACCAGCAGCGGCUCCGCGGGAGAGGGCUGCGAGGCCACGCUGUGGGACCUGCGGCAGACGAGGAGCCACGUGUGUGAGUACAAAGGGCACUUCCAGACCACGACCUCGGGUGUUUUCCUGCCGUGGGGCCCAGCGCUCACCCCCAGCAUCGCCACGGCCUCACUUGACAGCACCGUGAAGGUCUGGGACCGAGACACUGCAGCCUGCCUGGCCACGCUGUACCUGGAUGGAGCAGGACCGUUGUCCUCGCUGGCUGCCUGUGACAGCUCCACGCUGCUCUGUGCCACUUCCAGCUCGGGGAUCCACGUCCUCCGGCUGCGUGAGGGUGUGGGGCCGGCGCUGGAGGAGGUGGGGGUGUUCUGACCGCAGCC